UAUUUUUUAAAUGGGUCAAUUGAGAUGCAAAUGAUGAAUUGGUGGGAAAGCGCUCUUUUCAGUGCGAUUGUCAUUGCCUGGCCUCCGCACUCGCCAUGACAACACGACAUCGUCCAUUUUCUGUUUGUAUGUAUUAAUAGUAGCUCGAGUCAAUAUAUUAAUAGCAACAUGGAGGAGAGAACAAGUCCAUCGGUAGAGUCCGUGGUUGCUGCCAGCACUCCGGAAAUCAAGGACACGAACAAUAACGAAGCUGCUAAAGGCGCUUCCAGUGAUAUUGCCGUCGCAAAGGUCGAGGUCAACACAGUCGAUUCGCCCAAUUCCACCACAACCUCUAAUACCAACACGAAAUGUUCCAAGUGUGCAAAACGAGCAGCACGCCGUGGUUGUACCCAGCAUGCUUGCUUGAAUUGCUGUGAUGAUAAUGGUUGCGCGACUCAUUUAGAAGUACGCGAACAAGCUCAAUGGAGAGAACAAGUAUUGGCUGGAACCACCCCUCUUCAGGUCCGUGCGGAAGAAUUGCGUAACAAAGCUAUACCUCCUGGGAGAUUCAAGGAGUCCGGGUUCUCCUAUUUGGGUGAUUCCGUAGUGUUGUGGGAUUUGCAGCAGUAUUUGACCAAUCCAACCUGGAAAGAAGAGGCUGUACGCAAAUCCAACAAACGAAAAACAAGACAACGAAACAAUGAUUUGGCCACCGCCGCUGCCGUGAUCCCAAAUGGCCACCGCAAGAAAAACAGACGCCAAAGAUUUCAAGAUGUCAUGGAUGGCCUCUAUCAGAAAUCCUUGUCUUCCUAAAAAAUCUGCAGGAAACAAUUUGGUUUAUUGGUAUUCAACAGCCACCUAGCUAGCUAGUACCGGUAGCACGUCCGCGUCUACCGGUACCAAAUAACGCCUGACCGAGGGAUGGCAACGGCGAAGUCAGUGCUAGAGCCCAAGCAAUACAUCAUGCACAGCCUGAUAGCAUCGCCUCGAAGCUACGUUAAUAGAUAGCCUAAUGGUCACGCAAGAGGAAACGACUAACUAGCUAGAUUGGGUGGCAAGCCAGAUAGAUAUUUUCUAGAAGGCUGAAAUAAUAUCACUAAACGAACACGUGUAUGUC